AUGGCUGAACUCAACAUCCUAGAUCCAAUCCAGCUCCAGCUGAGCCGAGCCGACUGCCGAGUGCCGAGCCGACUCAGCCGAGAGAAGAGAAGCCUGAGAAGAGAGAUUGAGGCCGAAUUGAGGGUGACUCAAGUGCAGGAUAAGUUACAUGAGCAAGCAGAAAACUUUUGCAACAGUAUAGGAAUUUUACAGCAGUAUGCUCCUCCUGGAAAUAUUUCAUCAAUAGCUCGACCUAAAAGCCAGGAGUCCCAACAACAAGAAGAAGAUUAUCCAAAACUGUUUGCUGCCCUAAUCGCUAGGUGUGCCAAAGAUAUUGAAGUGCUAAUUGAUUCUUUACCAAGUGAUGAAUCAACUUUAGAACUGCAAAUUGAAAGUCUACGAGAACUAGAAGAAGAAAACAGUAAAGCAGCCGACCGCCUUGAAGAUAUAGUUCAACAAGGUGAAAUUUUACUAGAAAAAAUUCAAAACGCAUUGACAGAAAUUGCACAGACUCAAUUAGAAGCAAGGAAGCUUGACAAAAAAGAAAUAGGCCUCAAUAGCAUUAACAUAAGUGAGACAACUACGAUUCAAGAUUAUCCCUAG